AUGAUCCAAUUUAUUCACGAAACCCUAUUAUUCUCAUCAUCUCCGACUCUGCAACAUGAUCAUGAAACUUACUUUAAUCGAUUGAUUGCAAAUCCACCGUAUCCUUUUGUAUUAUCCAUGGAUGAUCUGAAACCAAAAUUAAAAGAUCCUCCGCCUAGGCCUCAGAACUCAUUCAUGUUAUUCAGGAAUAAUUUUAACAAAUUACAUCGCAAUGAAUUUAGAUCGGAAGGAUUAAAAGCUGAGGAUAUAUCAAAGGAGGCCAAGUCUGACUGGGCUAAUCAACCAGCAGAGGUAAAAAACUUUUUCAAACUUUUGGCAAAAGAGGCCUCUAGGCUACAUAAGCAAAUAUAUCCUAGUUAUAAGUAUAAUCCCAAAAACAAAUUUAAUGACGAAUCUGAAUCCUCGGUGAAUUCAGAAUCAUUCGAAGAUAUUUCAUCUUCCUUUGAGCACAAACAAAAUGGCGAAUCUGAAUCAAUAAACAAACAAAAUGACGAAACUGAAUUCUUGGAGAAUUCAAUAACUACCAAUGACAAUAUGGACAUUGAAGAGUAUUUCGAUAUGCAAGCAUACUAUAGAGAUUAA